UGGAGCUUUGUAGGAGAUGGGAGAAACCUCUCUGUUGUAGUCUUAACUAUAUGAGGUCCCAUCAAAACCACCCUCCAGUCCUGCAGGUAGCGCUGGAAUAGGCACACCGCCAUCACAGACGAAGAACAAGUCGAGGCGCUGCAAUUUUCCAACAGGAGCUUCAGAUCCAUCUACUGAUGUGUAAUAGAAAUCCCUGAGCUCCUCAAGGGAUAUUUCUAAUCUGGUUUUAAUCUAAUCCAGUUUAAGAAAAAUAUCGAUUCCUUGUUCCAGCUGUGUUUUAGGAACUGGUCUGGUCCUGCUUUAGAGAAAGGUAUAAUGGAAGCAGAAGGCAGCAGACCAGACUGUCAUGGUCGCUCACAGUUUUGCAAAAACGUGCAGACGGAAACUUGUACAGAUUCGAACGUAGGGACAUCGGACCCUCUGGAGGACGCCGCGGAAGACCAGAACGAGGCAUUACUGCGGAUUGUAAAAGUAGAAGAAUCCGAAGAUGAAGGUUACUUUGGUCAAGGAACAUCAGCUUUGGGUCACGACAUCCCAGUGGACCAGCAACAUAUCAAAGACGAUCCUGAGAAUGAUGAUGAAUAUCUCUACUGUGAGGAAUGCAAGUCCUUCUUCAUCAACAAAUGCGAGUUCCAUGGCCCAGCCGUCUUCAUCCCUGAUACCCCCAUUCCAGUAGGGGUUACUAAUCGAGCAAGACUCACCCUUCCACUUGGUCUGGAGGUUCAACAGUCUGAUAUUGCUGGAGCUGGACUGGGAGUGUUUAAUAAAGCUGAGACUGUUCCAGUUGGUGUCCAUUUUGGGCCAUACGAAGGGGAGCUGGUGGACCGAGAAGAAGCCAUGAACAGUGGUUAUUCCUGGGUGAUAUACAAAAACAGGAAGGAUGAGGAAUAUAUAGACGCAAAGAAAGUGAUUUGUGCUAACUGGAUGAGGUACGUCAAUUGUGCUCGUAACGGUGAGGAACAGAACCUAGUGGUGCUCCAGUAUCGAGGAGGGAUUUACUACCGUUGCUGCCAAUCCAUCAAACCAGGACAGGAGCUUUUGGUGUGGUACGGAGAGGAGUACCCAAGAGAUCACAGCCUUGAAUUCAACUGCCUCUGGAAUAUGAAGACCUCCGUAAACGAAAUGAAAGAUGGCCUGGAGCAAGUCUUCUCCUGUUCAUGGUGUCAUCUUUCGUACACUUCCCAAAUUUAUCUCCAGAAACACAUAAGAAGAAGCCACUGUAUUGAGGAUAUGAUGCCUACCAGGAGUAGCCCCCAAACCCUUUCUGGAAUUCUCCCCAUCGCCCCCGGACAAGAACAGGAAGAUGUCAAUCGCAGCAAGAGUUUUACUCAUUCUAGCGGUAACCAAACACACCAGUGCAUUACGACAGAAGACCGGAAUAAUGUGUCAUGGUGUGGGGAAGGUUUUCCUGAUCAGAGCGAUAAAGAACCCCAGCACGUUCCUGUAAUCAAGAAACCAUACGAAUGCUCAGAGUGCGGCAAGCGUUUCGCUUUUCAGACAACCCUACGGAUCCACCAGCUCAUUCACACAGGAGAGAAGCCGUACCCUUGCUCGCAGUGUGGAAAGAGUUUCCGGCGACGGAGCAACCUCCAGACGCACCAGCGCAUCCAUACCGGAGCGAAGCCCUAUCACUGUUCACAAUGCAAAAAGAGUUUUAGGCGCAAAAGCCACCUAAAGAUCCACCUGCGCAUUCACACUGGGGAGAAGCCGUUCACUUGUUCGGAGUGCGGCAAGAGUUUCGCGCACCAGACCUCCCUCCAGACGCACCCGUGUGUUCGCGAGAGAGAAAAGCCGCACCGUUGCGGUGAGUGUGGGAAGGGUUUUAACAAGCAGAGCCAUCUCGAGGCACACGAGCGAGUUCACAGCGGCGAAAAGCCCUUUCACUGCUUAGAGUGCGGGAAGAGGUUUACGCGGCAAAGCAACCUCCAGGCGCACCAGCGCAUUCACACGGGAGAGAAGCCCUACCAGUGCUCGCAGUGUGGCAAGAGGUUUACUCGGCAAGGCAACCUCCAAGCGCACCAGCGAAUUCACACCGGCGACAAGCCUUAUUGCUGUUCUGAAUGCGGGAAAAGUUUUACCCGGAAGAACCAUCUCCAAACGCACCAGCUCAUCCACACGGGAAACAAGCGAUACCAGUGUUCAGAGUGCGACAAGAGCUUUGCCUUUCAGCGCAACCUCGAGAUACACCAGCGCACCCACACAGAGGAGAAGCCGUUCGGCUGCUCGCAGUGCGGAAAGAGUUUUGCUCACCACAGCAACCUCCUCCGGCACCAGCACAUUCACACCGGAGAGAAGCCCUACCGCUGUCCGGAGUGCGGCAAAAGUUUUACAUACCACAGCAACUUGCAGAUCCACCAGCGCGUUCACACCGGUGAGAAGCCCUACCGCUGCCUGCAGUGCGGCAAGAGUUUUGCCCAUCACUGCGCUUUCAAUGUGCACCAGCGUCUCCACACGGGCGAGAAGCCUUUUCACUGCAUGCAAUGCGGGAAGAACUUCAUCCACCAGAGCCACCUCAGACAGCACCAGCUUAUUCACACAGGCGAGAAGCCCCAUCGCUGCUCCCACUGCGGGAAGAGCUUCAGGCGCCACAGUAACCUCCAGGUCCACCAGCGCAUACACACCGAAGAGAAGCCACACUGCUGCCAAGAGUGCGGAAAACGGUUCACCCGAAAGAGCACGCUUCAAACGCACCUGCUCACUCACUCCACCGAGAAGACCCACGCCUGCUUGGAAUGCGGAAAGAGCUUCCCAUACGACAGUCACCUUCAGGUCCACAAGCGCAUACAUACGGGAGAGAAGCCGUACAGCUGCUCACGCUGCAGGAAGAGUUUCGCUCACCAGAGUCACCUCGAGGCUCACCAGGCCGUUCACGCAGAAGAGAAACGGCAUCAGUGCUCGCAGUGCGGCAAAAGUUUUAGUCGAAAGGGCACGCUCCAACUUCACCAGAGCAUUCACACGGGCGAGAAGCCGUUUCACUGCUCGCAGUGCGGAAAGAGUUUUCGACGCCCGAGUCACCUCCAAAUACACCAACGCAUUCAUACCGGAGAGAAGCCCUACCACUGCUCACAUUGUGGACGGAGAUUCCCGCAUUCAAGCACACUUAAGACGCACAAGUGUGUUCACGUUGAGCCAUCGGUCACUGUGGUUUUGUGAACACCAAAGGACUCCCAGUUGUCAAUGGGUUCUUAAGUUUUCUGUUUGUGGGAACGUGUUUCGAGAUCUUCCAACAAUCCCACAAAGUGAUUCAGAUGUAAUUGCUAUAAAUUCUGUUUUCCUACAGAAAGCUCUCCAUGGUAGCCUCUGGUCAUGUUCCCUCACCCUGAUACCUUCUGUUAAUGCUCCUGCAGCAGUAGUUCCAUUGAUACAAACUUGAUCGUUUCUGGAAAGUGUGUGUGUGUGUGUGUCCUCAUGGGAAAAGUAUUUCUUUAAGAAACAAACUGGUAGGGUAUUGUCACGCGAAUCAAUUUGGCCAUAUAACAAUUUUUUUCGGCUUCUCCCAUUAGGGGUCGCCACAACGGAUCAUCUGUCCCCAUACGCCCCUGUCCUGUACAUCUGCCUCUUUCAAACCAACUGAAUGCAUGUCUUCCCUCGCCCCACUAAUAAACCU